CUAAGUUUAGUAUUUUGAAUACCAAUUGAGGCAGUGGGUGUGUGUGCAGAAUGAGGAUCUUAAUGCAGAUUGCUUUGGUUUUUGUGACGAUUCUUGCUACAGUACUGGCCGCUGUUUCUUUCACUGCAGGUCCUUGUUCCAAUGGGGUCAAGCCAGGCGGAUAUUGGCACCAACCUGGCUGUAUUAAAUGCUACUGUAACAAGGGCGGCUUUAAUUGUCUAAGCUGCGAUAGUAUACUAAUCGUGUACGACAGGAAGAAGUGCUACAUGGACACCAACAAGGACGCGACGUACCCCGGCUGCUGUAAGCGUGAAGUGGUGUGCCUAGGUGACAGACGCUUCAGCCGCGCCAAGAUGGCCAAAGCUGUGAAAAAAUUGGCCGGCAAAAAACUCAAAGAGAGCAAUCACCGCCGAGUACAGGGAACGAAAAAAACAACCAGCAAGAGUGAAGGUUGAUGAAACAGAAGUGAACUAAAAUGUAUAGCGAGGAUGUUUGUUUUCGUAAUCGUUUCCAAGACAAUUAAUAUUUAGCUUCUUUAUUGAACAAUAAAACUCACGUAUGUGAAGAUAUCA